UAUCUGUUGAUACGGAUAAAAGUAGCAGAGCGCAGUCUUUGGCGAUGCCACGCCCAGCAGAACGGAUCUGGGGUCUUACCUUCGCAAAUUUGCGGCAUUCAGAAAUUGAUCGCAACUUUGGCGUUCUGAGAAUAUAUUGUCGAGUGCUUUUCGCCUUUGGAAUAGCACAUUUUAUCGAGUCAUAUUUGAUGACCUAUUUUGUCUUCCCGAUGGGAGUAUAUGUAGAGUUAUCUGUGUAACUCGAAAUAUACUCACUUCUGUUUCUUUAUUUUGAUAAAAUUCAUCGGGCACGCGAACAGCGUUCCCGAUGGGAGUAGCCCCCGAGGCUACAUCCAAGAACUUGUGCUUGGGUGUAGGCUCCACAGAUUACUAUCCAUUGCCGCUAUAUUUAUAAUAUUUCUCCAUAGUUUUAUAUUUAUCGGGUGCGCGACCAGCGCUCCCGAUGGGAGUAGCCCCCGAGGCUAUGAACAAAUGCUUGCAUUUGGUCAUAGGCUCUCGCCAUUUCUAUCUUGUCAUACUCGGAAUUUUCUAUUUUUCCAAAGUAGCCCCCGAGCAUUUGGGCAAAAACUUGUAUUUGAUCAAAGGCUCCCGAGAUAACCUUGCGUUGUCGAUAAACUCUUGAAAACUCGCAGUCGAAUUUUUCUUUUAUCUUGACGACGUCAUUGCUGAUGAUAGUCACGAUCUCUAUUUUGGAAACUGACCAUUAUCACUUGUUUCGCUGCCUUGUGGGUCCCAAUUCCUGUUCUGUCGGACACGUCGUGCAAGUGGGGGACACAUAUUCUCCCCUUUUUCUGGCACACGUUCUGUAACCUCGUUAAUGUUAAAAUACUAUUGUGCCCUUGUAUCCACGUGGCAAUCAUCUGCUGCACUCUUUUCUCAUCCAACGGUUCCGUCGGUUCACCGCACCUGUAUAUAAGGUCUUCUUCUUCUUCCUCGAACACUUCCGCUCGCGCCGUCCCCCUGCUUCCCUCUGCAAAAUUUCCUUCCGCGCUCCUCAUCUCUCAAAGCUCUUCCCUUUGUAGCUGCACCCCUCCGCCAUUGUUGAUGCCACCGCGUCGAUUAACCAGGCACAGCACACCUGACUCAUCAAUGGCUGCCGCGGAUCUAGGAGCGGCGGAGUGGGAGAGGUCCAAGAUCACGAACCAGGACCUCAAUCUGAUGAAAAAGCUGGGGAUUACCAAGAAACUCAAAGCGGUUUGCUUCCCCAGUGAAGAGAGCUACCCAACCCCUCCAAUGGGGUAUCGGGUAAGUUUUGUUGAUCAUCUCAUCCGCGGUCUUUCCGCCCCCAUUCACCCUUUUCUUCGUGGGUUACUUUAUGUUUAUGGUCUCCAACUUCACCACCUCACACCCAACUCUAUCCUUCACAUUUCUAUCUUUAUCACCCUCUGCGAAGCCUUCCUUGGUGUCCAGCCUAACUGGGCAUUAUGGAAGCGCAUUUUCUUUUGUCGCCGUAAUGGCUCUGCCAAUGUCGCCUAUAAUAUAGGCGGCGUUGUUAUUUCCGUUCGCUCCUCUGUCAACUACUUCGACGUCAAACUCCCUGACUCCGUUCAAGGAUGGCGCAAGAAGUGGUUGUACAUCCGUGAAGAAAACGAUGGCUGCGCCGAAGACAACAUUCCUCCUUUUGACGGUGCCGAGAAAAUCCUUCGCCGCCGUUCCUGGGACGCAGAAGCUACCGAGGAAGAAAGAACUUCGACAGAGGCCCUGAUGACUCGCAUCCAUGAGUUGCAAAAUACUCGUGGAAAAGAAUUAUCAGGCAUCCAAAUUACAGCGUACUUCCUUAAGACUAGGGUGCAGCCUCUUCAGGCUCGCAAAAACCCUUUCUGGAAUUAUGCUGGCGAUGAAGAUACGGAUCGCCUGUCGACGAAUCUGGAAGCCAAGGAUUUGGAUAAGCUUAUUCGAUGGAUUUCAUCCCUCAAGAAGAAAGACUCCAUCCCUUCCACUUAUCGGGUAAAACCCUACAGCGCCGCCCAUGCACUUCCCAAGGACCAUCCAAAUCUUGUUUCACUUCCUCCUCUUCCUGAAGGUGGGGAUGUCGAAGAAAGGGCUGUUAUCUCUGAUGAUAACCCAGAUGCCCCCUCCUUUGCAAAUGAACCCGCAGAAUCUCGAAGAUCUGCGGGAUCCGACGAAAAGGAGGAUGUCUCUGAAGCCACUGCGUCGGCACAAUCUCUUCCUCCUGCUGUUUCUCCAAGGAACAAGAGGAAAAGGGAUGAUGUCGAAGAUUCCGGCACCUCCAAAGUCGACGAAGCUGUUCCUUCGCACCAGAAGGCAGGCUAUGAUCCAUACCUCGAGUCUAUCAUCAGUUCGUAA